AUUUUCUAGAAAGAGUGAUAACCGAAAAUUAAAGAUGAGUUCGGAAUGACUUCUUCAUUAGCUACUUAUAUUGCUCUCAAUAUACAAAGUGAUGCCUGAGUUCUUAAGGUUGGGCUCACGAUAAAGGUCGACAAGGUCGCAAGGAUUCAAUGAACUGAACUGCCCCCACCAACUGAUAGUUAAUUUAUAACAUCCAUUUGUUUAUGCAGAGCCUAAACAUAGUCAUAAUUUAACAAAUUGCUUGGAGUUUAUGCGUAGCUGGAAUGGCACCUCCGGUAGUGCCCCGAAGGCUAAGGCCCUAAAGCCGUUGUUGUUGAAACGCAAUUAUAAGCUGUAAAAAUAAAACUUGAUCAGGUGCAAACGACAGACGAGGACAUGAAAAGCACAACGCCAAAUAUAUAUUUGAAUACCCCAGACCCAAAUCGCUUAACUACUCGAUGUCAUUGGCGUCAGGUGGGUGCAGUAGGAAGGGUGCCAAGAAACGUCAAAAGAAAUGAAUUCCCUGUCCAAAGAGCCUAAGAAGCCUGAUGACGAGUGGGCCCCAGGUUGUUGGUGGGCGGUGUUCGCUGCUGGUAAAUGCAAAAACUUUAGACAGGGAAUCAAUUGUUACCUUGUUUUAUUUCGCUCCUUUUGUCGAAAAGACACGCAACAACAAUGGCCAAUAGGCCGGCAGCCAACUACCCAAGCUACCCAAUUGGUGGGGGUGGAGGCCGACAACCGUGAAAAGAACUUCAGGAUGACAGUUAUGGGUUACAAAGGCAAGGAUUGAAUCAAAUAAAUAAAGGCACAAGGUUUCAGUGCAGUCAAGGUGGGCGGUCGUUGGGGGCUGGGUCCUUCGAUGACGGGUUAACCUUACCAUGUCCAUGUCCAUGUCAAGUUGGCAUGCGGCUGCAGGUAAUUCUUCAUUUCAUGCCGCUUUACAUAAUCAUAAUAAAUGUAGAAAGCCAAUGAAUGGCAAAUCUAUUAGCAUAACAUCGCAUAAAAUACGGCGUACAAUGUCUGCUGUGCCAGGCCAACAAAUCAGUUGCAUUGGAGCCGUCGAAUCGCGAUGAACGUCUGGAAGGCAAAAGUGUUGACCGAGGUGCCAUUUGGUCAUGUGCUCGUCGUCGGUGGCAAAGUCAAGCCGCAUCCCAAUAAAAUUUCGCUGGACCUGACGGACAAUGUGAAUGCGCAAAAUGAAAGCGAAACGGUUUUCCUCAAAAUUGAGGCGAAUUUCCGUGAGGGUCAAAUCAUACGCAGCAUGUUCCAGCCGGGCGAGGGCUGGCAGCAGGAGGAAAUCUCCAAGAAUUGGAAAUGCGAUGGACCAAAGAAUCCUUUAGUGCCGGGCCAAUGUUUCACCUUUCGCGUGGCCGUGCUGCAGCGCUGCUUCGAGAUCUACGUGAACGAUCAGCUCUAUGGGUCGUUUGAGUUCCUCAAGUUUCCCAAGCAAAUCAACUAUGUGCGCGCCUACGGGGACUUUGAGAAGAUCACACAAUUCCAUCAUCGGAUGCUCUUUCCGCUGGUCUUUCCGCGCAGUCUCAUGUGCGUGGAUCGCGUCGCCUUCCAGAGCGACGUGCCGCGGCGCUAUGAGACGGGCACCGUCGUGGCCAUGGAAUGCAUUGCCAAGGGUCCGCCCACAACGGAGUUUUCCAUUUGCUUCCAGUGCAACGACACGGGUCGCAUGGUGCUCAAGUUCAACGUCAACUUCGACAAGACGACCGUCACGCGUUGCUAUCAGCGCGAGGACAACAGCUAUGCCAGCGAUGAUGAGGAAACCGAGGGCGAGUUUCCGUUUGUGCGCGGCAAGCUCUUCAAAAUCGCCUUCGGCAUUGGCGAUCGCUCCUUUCUCAUUGCGGUCAAUGGACAAUAUUUUACCUAUUACAAUUUCCCGAUGCGUCCGUUCUCCAUAUCCACGCUCAAGUGUUUCACCAACGAUUUGGGUGACUUUUCUGUGCGAAGCUUGGAGUAUCACUCGGAUUCACCGCUGCUCUCACGUGUCGAGAAAUUAUCUAUUAUCUAAUAGGAGGUUUGUUUUUUCGACUUUUUCGGAGCUAUAUCUAGUAGCAAUCGCUAGUUGCAAUCGUUGAAUUUUUUCCUGUACACCAGUUAACUAACUACCUGUAGUCUA